CACAUGCAAGUUCUCAUCAAGGUAAAGUGACUGCGCUUUCUCUACAGUCAACAUGGAAAAUGCAUGAGAAAGAUUUGGAGGUUGAAAAUGACUCUCCCAGGACCAAAUGGAGGGAACCUAAACUCUGGUGCUAACGGUGUACCAAACUCUGGGCGGCUGGACCCAGGACUACACAGCAGCAGUCAAGACCCAGGACCUGCAUCCCAUCCCCAACACCAUGUCCCUGCCCGUCCCGUCUUCUACAUUCAUGCUCCACCUCCUCCCCCCUUCCUCCACUACCAGUGGCCCAUGCCCUUCUCCUAUAACCCCUUCACGGGCUUCCCAGGCAUGGGCUAUGGUAUGGUUAUGCCCCCAUUCCCUCCUCCCCCUUACAUGGAGGCUCCAGCCUACAUUCUGCCCCACCAUCCCAUCCAGGCAGUUGAUUACAGACGCUUGCUCCACCCCCAGGUCCAUGCUCCCAGCGCACCCUACCAGAACCCAAACCAGACUCGCAGAGUUCGACCCCCUCAUACUGUACCUGUAAGAGAAACUGUCAACUCUGAGGUCCAAACAGAACCCAUGCACAGGGGUGUUGAUGCUUAUGGUGGGGUAAGCCCACUCGCCAGCUCAGAUUCUGGGCAUGGAAUCACCUCGAACUCCCCAUCGUCAAGCUCCAGUUCCCAAAAACGUGGCUCUGCCUUAGAAGACUUCCAGGUAAACAGGACCAGUACAGGUACCACAGACAAACAAGGCUUUAACAUCUCACAUCCUACAAGAACGAAAACUGUCCAAUCAUGUAUUGGACGAACUCCGGAAACAAAGAGCCGUAAUAACAGUGUUGGUCAGGAGAACAUUGCCCCUUGCAGAAAAGGUCACUGUAAUAUGUGGUCUGUGGGUUCUCCUGAUGGUAUGGUCCCUGUGUGUAGCUCUUCUCAACAAGAGGAUGAGGUUGUCAAAGAGAGACGCAUCUCCAUUCCUGAUAUUCUGAUGAGUUGGGGAGGGGGCACGCCGCAGCCAACAAAGCUGAAAAUGGCAGAUGAGGCACUGUCUGAGAACAACCACCAGCUGAUGUCCUCUGAAACCAACUUAGAACAUGCAAAAUCUGUUCACCAGAGACCAACGGAGACCCAGAGUGACCCAGUGGUGGCUGAUAGUACUGAUACUAAUGAUGCUGAGGAAAGAAUCUUAAGUUCAAAGGACAGUGAAACCGUUAUCAAGAUGCUCAAAAAGCCUUCUGCUCUUUAUGAGCUCCUCUCAGACUCCAGAGGAGAUGAUGAGCCUGUGGAGUUGGUUGGUUCUGUUAGGCAUUGCCUUCCCUACACAGAUGAACUGUUGCAUUCACUAAACGAAUCCCAGAAGCUCCCUGACGAUGAGCCAAAAAAUGGCAAUGAGACAAAUCCACCUGAAGAUUCUGUAGAAGUCUUUACCUCUCAAAGGUCUUUCAACAGCAGUCAGAUGAAGAGAAAAAUGAAUGAGUCUCUUUGGUCUGUGGAGUCUCUAGCCCCUUUUAUCCCCACGAAGGAGUGGCUGCUGCAGAAUGGCAUGUUUGAGCCUGAAGUAAUUGUUGAGUUGACAGAGGAAGCUGAAGAUUGUAGACACUCAACACAAGAUGACAACCUAAUUGUCGAAGCUAGAAAGAGGAGGCAGGCUUGCAUAUAUUCCUCUCCUGACUCUGUUCCACUGUCAGACAGCUGGCUCACCUUCAGUACCUCGGCUGAGAAACGAAGUCCACAAAAGAAGCCAGAAAUAGAGAUUGAAAUUUUUGCCUCUGAAAUGAGAGAACUGAAGCAAGGCCAGGGUACGGCAACUUCAGAAAAGGAUCCCCUAACUUCCCCUACUUGCCUGCAGACUAAAAUUGUUGUGUCCUUCCCCACUGCAGAGGGUGCAGAUGAAUAUAGGUCUUCUGAACCAGAGGCUAAUCAAAGCCCAAACCAGGAAUCACUUGGUAUAAAUGAGAAGCAGGAGAAAACCCCCUGCUCUCCUGAGCGGGAAGAAACUCUCCCCUUGAGCUCUGCAGCAGGAGAAAAACUCUCACCUACAGGCCACCUGAUUGGCCAAAACGGAGUAGAUAUUGAGGUGGAGGAUGGAGGAUGUGGGAAUGAAGAAGUCAGUCAGCUGAGAAAUGAGCUACUGUGUGUGCCAAUGGCUGACCUGAAACUGGCUGAAGUGUCUCCAUCCAAGGGACAUUUAGUGGACUGUGGAACUCAGUGUACUGAGUUACAGGAGCGACUGUGUUUCUGUGAAGAGCUGAAGGGCAACAUGGGACAGAACAGAAGGCAUCCUUUUAAAUAUCCAGUUAAGAAGGCAAACUAUGGUGUGGCUGAAAUAUGCUCCAUGAAUGGACACACACAGAGAAACCAGAAGAGGCAUGGCCAGUGGAAGAACAGAGGUUCAGAAAAGCACAGCAGCCACCAGGACGCCUACAACGGAUCCUGCGGCAAACCUGGGAAAUCUAAAGUUGGAAAUGCAAGGAAUCCACGGUACUGAGCACUGACCCGUCUACAAGACAACCACUGGGUUUUAAGUCAAUUAAAUAUUAAAAUGAAUUUAAAAUGUAAAAUGUAAUAAUGCUAUUUUUCAAUAAAUGUUUUGUAU